AUGUACGUUGUUCGCAAAAUGGAGGGACAAGAUGAUAACACCUCGUUCCCCUUUUCCCAUGAUAUUAGGAUGAUCCGCUUGGUGGGUCCUCGUGAUAUUUUGGAUUUCGUCAAGGUCAUGUUAGGAUGGUGCUUAUUAGUAGUCCACAUGUGGAAGAACACUGUGACUGACUUGCAUUGUGGUGAAGGCCAGAGGAUGAAGGAGAUGCUUGCCCAUAAAAAAGAAAAGAAGGAAUUUCUUAGCAAGAUUGCCAAUCAUGGAGUCGCCUUCACAACCAAAGCAAAAGAAAACUAA